CGGAGAGAAGAGCAGAUUUUUCAGAUGAUUAAGGCUUCACAGACGUGUGAAUGCACAAAGUGAAAACAGACUAGAAAUAGACCUGUAUUUAACACGUUCACGGCCUCGGUCAGUGCUGAGGGCCGCUUGCUGUUGUUUUUGGGGAGGUUGCCACAGUGACGGGUGAGCUGGAGGGUAACAGGUUGUCGUCCGAAGCAGAUAUGACUCUGCUGGACUGCACAGGAGCCAGAAUCUCCGGCUGCUGGUCGUUGAGGUCUGACCGCAGUGGGAGCGGGGAGGACUCGUUGGACCGCCUCCUGCCCUCGGCUGGGGCCCCUCGCAGGAAGAGCGCUACCUCGCUGAGUAAAACAGAGCCUCCUCUGCUCCGCACAGGCACACGCACCAUCUACACCGCUGGCCGCCCGCCCUGGUAUGACGAGCACGGCGCUCAGUCAAAAGAGGCCUUUGUCAUUGGGCUGUGUGGGGGCAGUGCCUCAGGGAAGACCACCGUAGCCAAUAAGAUCAUUGAGGCCCUGGAUGUGCCGUGGGUUGUGCUACUGUCGAUGGAUUCUUUCUACAAGGUUUUAUCCCCCGAGGAGCAGGCUCUGGCCGCAAAGAACGACUACAACUUUGACCACCCGGGAGCAUUUGACUUUGAGCUGCUGGUUUCCACCCUGAGAAAACUGAAGCAGGGCAAGAGUGUGAAGAUCCCGGUGUAUGAUUUCACCACACACAUGAGACAUAAAGACUGGAAAAAUGUGUACGGUGCCAGUGUGAUCAUUUUUGAAGGAAUUAUGUCCUUUGCAGACAAAGAGCUUCUUCAGCUCCUGGAUAUGAAAAUCUUUGUGGACGCAGACUCAGACAUUCGGCUCGUCCGCCGGCUCCGCAGAGACAUCACAGUGCGUGGACGGGACAUUGAAGGCGUAAUCAAGCAAUACAACAAGUUUGUGAAACCAGCCUUUGAGCAGUACAUCGAACCAACCAUGAGGCUGGCAGAUAUUGUUGUACCAAGAGGUGGUGGGAAUAUGGUGGCCAUUGAUCUGAUUGUCCAGCAUGUUCACAGCCAGCUGGAGGAGCGUGAACUCAGUGUCAGGGCACUCCUGGCCUCUGCCCAGCAGACGCAGCCGUUGCCCCAGACGCUCAGUGUCCUCGAGAGUACGCCGCAGGUCAGGGGCCUGCACACCAUCAUCAGGAACAAAGAAACCAGCCGAGACGAGUUUAUCUUCUACUCAAAGAGGUUAAUGCGGCUUCUCAUAGAGCAUGCUCUAACAUUUCUACCAUCUCAGCCGUGUUCAGUUCAGACCCCACAGGGCCAUGAUUACGAGGGCUGCAGUUACAACGGUAAAGGGAUCACCGGUGUGUCGAUCCUGCGUGCAGGAGAGACCAUGGAGCCCGCCCUGAGGGCCGUGUGCAAGGACGUCCGCAUCGGCAAGAUCCUCAUCCAGACCAACCUCGACUCAGGCGAGCCAGAGCUGCAUUACCUGCGUCUGCCCAAAGACAUCAGUGAAGAUCAUGUCAUCCUAAUGGACAGCACAGUCUCCACCGGCGCUGCUGCCAUGAUGGCAGUUCGAGUCCUAUUGGAUCAUGAGGUGCAGGAGAAUAAGAUCAUGUUGGUGUCGCUGCUGAUGGCAGAGCUCGGGGUGCACUCUGUGGCCUAUGCCUUCCCAAAGGUCAAAAUCAUCACCACUGCUGUGGACAAGGGCCUGGAUGAUUUUUUACAUGUAAUUCCUGGCAUCGGGGACUUUGGGGACCGUUACUUUGGGACUGAUGGCUUCGACAGCUGGAGUGAUGAAGAGGACCAGGAGCAGCUGCCACACUGACUCAAACAUUUGUGAGACUCUGUGAAAGAAAACACAAACUACUUGAAAACUGUUGUGCAUCCUCCUCUUCAGGUGUAGACUAACAAAAAAAAAUUGUUAUAUUUACUUUUGUGUACUGUAAAAUUUUAUUUUUUUUACUCCUCUGAAGAUGAUGUCUGAGUCCAGGUUUGUGCAUGAGGGAUAUUUUGUUCUGCUCAUCUUAAAUAUUUUAAUACUGAACAGUAAAGCAGUGUCAUUGCCUUUGAGGUGCAGUAAAACAAUAAUCCAAUAACGUUAUUAAAUGGGUCCAGGUUGCACCAGCUGUUAUUAAAUCCAGAACUUAGUAAGAGCCAAAGAGUAAAGGAGUAAGUUCAAAGAGUAAUGUACUAAAUUUAGUUGGGCAAUUAAAAUAUAGUGAAUGUCUUCAGUAGUUUUGACUGUAGUAAUGUGUAAAUCUGUCAUGCAUAUAGGGAGUUCCAGUUCAAUACAGCAGCACCGUGAGGCAGCAUCAGUAUGGAAACAUGCCCACAGUAGCAGGUAAUUUUUGCCUUGUUCACAGUCUCAGUUUUACAUAUUACCAAGCCAAAGUACAGCAGAUUGGACCAAAGAAAAGCUCACAUAUGAUAUUAUUUGAAUAAAAAUUAGGAGAUCACCAACAGUAAGAAGUUUCUAGGCUCGAUUUCUGCUGAUUGCUAGGCUGUCUCCCUGUGCGUGUGUGGGCUUUCCUCUUACGAGCUUGAAGUCCAGUCGCCUUCUUUUGAAGCUCUUAAGACUACCAUGACCUGGAUGACUGAGAGCCUGCAGACAUGUGGGCUUUCCUCCAGUUUCCUUUCGCAGUUCUAAGACAUGUUUGUCAGGUUAACUGGUUAUUGGUGAACUUGUCUGUGGCUGUAGAAGUGGUUAAAUAAUUUAAUUUUUCUUCAUUAAUGGACAUUAAUGAAUACAUGUAAUUCAUCUUAUAAUUGUUUGGAAGUUUCACAUUUAAAAAAACCCCCAUAAAUUUCAUCCUCAUGGUGGUGCUAGAUGAAAAGUUAGAGGUGCUUCUUUUUGGGGGUGAACAGCACAACAGACAAUUAUGAAGGUAUUUGUGUGAUUCUUGAAGUCGCAGAUGAACUGAUCUCUAUCGAUAAAACCAGUUGUGUCUAAACGUAGCUCUGACUAUGCUCCAUUGGAGAAAUGUGUGUUUUUAAGAAGAAAGACAUUUCACACAAUUUAGAUUGAGUGUGAAACGUCUGAUUGCAUGAACCCUACCACCAUUAUAGGUCACGUGUUUGGUCAUUAGUUUGACCAUUUUGUGAGCAUAAUUUUAGACCUUUACUGUUAUAAUGUAAUUCAACCAUAUCUUCAUAGCAGCAAACUAAAACCAAUUAACUCUUUUGCACUCAUCUGAGCGGCUCAAGCUAAUAUUAUAUUCUGGGUAUUUGGUUCACAUAGAACGCAGCAGUGAUGUAUAGGAUUUACAGGCUAUAAAAGUUAGUGUGGUGAAGCCUGUUAUAAAUUGGGGAUAUGUUCAUUUGCACGUAGUUGUUGAGUCACUUGUAUUUUUAUAGCACAUUUAAAAACAACUGGCUUGGACCCAAAGUGCUUUCCAGUUCAGGCAGGUGGAUUAACAAAACAGAGGUAAAACAUGGAAGGUAAAAACAGCAUUAAGAGAGAAAUAUGGAUAAAGGAACUGGGAACAUAUAAAAGUAAUGGCAUAAACACAGUGUAAUUACACUUACACAGCAUUUGAUCCCCUUUCUUCCACAUAUCCAAUUCAUAGGAUCAUAGAGGGGCUGCGGCCUAUUUCAGUUGUCAUGGAGUGAGAGGUGGGAUACACCCUGGCAAGUCACCAGUCUUUCACAGGCUAAGAGACACAGACAACCAUCUACAGCCAAUGCAGAACCUAACAUGCAAGUCUUUGGAUUGUGAGAGGAAGCCGUGGGUGCUGGAGGGACCCCACGCAGGCAGAGGAAGGGUUCCAGUCGGGCAGUGAAUUUGAACCAAUGCCAAUUAAACCAAUUAAAUAUUGGAAAUAACAUUGUUGUAGAUCACUACUGUUUUUCAACUGAAAAGAGUUCUCUUUUGUCCUCGACAUAAAAAAGAGCAAAAAGUAAAAAAGGUGAGCACUUUUUAUCCAGUAGGGUUUAUUGUGUCUUAUAAAUCAAAUUAAAGCAUUAAAAUUUACUGUAAAUACAUAGUUACAAAAAAAAACAAGUCUGAGUUUAUGAAUAGCUGGUGCAACAAGAAAGUGUUCAGUGAACUUUCACACUUUCACACUGCUCUAGAAGGAUUUUUCUGUAUGAAAUGGGAUAAACUUAUGUCUGAAGCUGAGCUGUUGUUUUAAUUUAUAGUAAAGUCACAUAAGAGGAGGGAUUAGAUAAGGAUUUAAAUGUAAAACAUAUAAAUCUUGGAUUCAGGGUAUGAAAAACAUGAGAUUUUGAUACAGAUUCAGUUUUCAUCCCUCACAUCCACCACUCCAAGUUACUGCUGGAGUUUGACAUUGUGUGUCUCUAAGGUGCUGGGUCACGGACGGUCACAUGCUCAUGCUUGAAUACUUUAAAAGCUCCUCUCAGGGUUCACGCACAGGCCGCCUUGCUCCUCUCUGCAAUGCACUUUAAGGCCUGAAGGGGUCAGUAUAGCUCACAUUAAGCUUCUUCCAGUAUGAUUUAUAGUGUGUUUAUUACCUUUGAGAAAUGUGUUAUUUUACAGCACAGGAAAUGCACACGGACUCACCUGAAUCACAAUUUAGAGGUUUGAGGUGAGCAGCUGGAAACAUCCUUGUGCUUCUCAGUUUAACUGACUGAUCUGUUGCUGGGUGCGGUGUGUUAAUGCUCACUUGUGAACAUGUAAAUAAUAAUGUUUCAGGGCUAAAAAUGAGCAGUAAAAGAUCA